CGAAGGCAAUCUUUUCAUCUUUGCCUGUUGCCUCUUGCUAAUAUUAUCCUGUCUUUAUUUUAUCUUUGUUUCACUCUUGUACAGACUGACAGCAAGCACUGCCUGACAACUAUGUAACCUAGGAUGGAGCAACAAGGGCAGAACAAAAGCCUGGGUGCUGAUUUUUUCAUGCUGGGAUUCAGCACCAAUGCAACUUUGCAGUCUCUGUUUUUUGCCUUGUUCCUUGCCAUGCAUCUUAUCACUCUGUCGGGACACUUGGCCAUUGUGGUCAUAACCUUAGUUGACCCUGCCCUCUACACCCCCAUGUAUUUUUUUCUGCGCAACCUGUCUUUCAUUGAGGUCUGCUACACUCUGGUCAUUGUACCCAAAAUGUUGGCCAACCUCUUGGCCAAGAGCAGAAGAGUCCCAUUGACUGCAUGUGCUGCUCAGAUGUAUUUCUUCAUUGCCCUGGGGGGCGCUGAGUGUUUUCUGUUGGCCGUGAUGUCCUAUGACAGAUAUGUGGCCAUAUGCAACCCAUUGCGCUACACUCUCAUCAUGAGCAGGAAUCUCUGCAUGCGACUCUUGGUGGUAGCCUGCGCCAGUGGAUUCACAAUCUCACUGGGACUUACCAUGCUGAUUUUCAGCCUACCCUUCUGUGGCUCACAUGAUAUCAACCACUUCUUCUGUGAUAUCCCACCUGUGCUGUACCUGGCCUGUAGUGACACACAUUUCAAUGAAGUGGCUGUGUUCCUUGUCUGCAUGAUGAUCUUGCUCAUCCCAUUCCUGCUUAUUCUCAUUUCCUAUGCAUUCAUAGCCAAUUCCAUCUUCAGGAUCAAAUGUUCUGAAGGCCGGAAGAAGGCCUUCUCCACCUGUUUUGCUCACCUGAUUGUGGCCGUGCUCCACUAUGGCUGUGCCAUCUUCAUUUACAUCCGCCCUAAAGCUAGCUACUCCCUAGAGCAGGACAAGGUGGUCUCUUUGAUCUACACCAAUGUCACGCCCAUGCUGUACCCCAUGAUUUACAGCCUCAGAAACAAGGAGGUCAGGGGAGCAUUCUGGAGAAUAUGGGAAAGGAAAUUCCCUUCCACUAAAAACUAAAGGGGUGUAUGCAUCUUCACUUUGAAAGAUUGCAUGGAAGGG